GUACUGGUUCGUCUGCCACGCCGAGAUGAACGCAAUAAUGAAUAAAAACCAACACGAUAUUCGAGACUGUGCGAUAUAUACCACUCUUUUCCCCUGUCACGAAUGCACCAAAUUAAUUCUGCAGGCGGGUAUCACGUGUGUGUAUUACGCUUCUGAUAGUCAUCAUGGAACGGACAGCGCUCGAGCGAGCCGACGGAUGCUUCGUUUGGCCAACGUCCAUU